AUCUUCCUCCCGUAGCCGCCAGAGUCAUUGGCACCCGUCAAGAUGAUAAAUCAAGCAACACGAUGCGCUCGCCGAAUACGUACUCCUCUUCUUCCCCCCUCCCGUUCGACUUCCCGUCUCCCCCUACCUAUCCCCUUCCAACGCCCGCGCGCGCCAUAUCGGACCAUUAUGUCUUCCCCCGAAUGGACGGUCCCGUUGAGAGAAUUCCCUACCUCCGAUCUCGCCCUCUUUGAGCCGUCCGUGGAAAUCGAGGAGGAGACCCUUCCAACCUACCAGCCGGAAAAAUACUACCCGGUGCGCCAGGGUGAGGUGCUUCAGAACAGGUACCAAGUGCUUGCCAAGCUGGGUUAUGGAGUGACGUCAACGGUGUGGCUGGGUCGCGACCUCUGUGACGCGAAAUAUGUGGUCCUGAAGAUCUAUGUCACGGGCCACAAACGGAACCAUGAGCUGGAGAUCUAUAACCGCAUGAAUGCCGUGGAAGCUCACCAUCCGGGAAAGGGCUUUGUUCGAAAGCUGCUCGACCAUUUCACCAUCGCGGGACCCCAUGGUCCUCACGUCUGCCUCGUUCAUGAGCCCUUGGGGAUGAGUGCCGAUGCGCUCUUGCAAAAAUACAUCCCGGGGAAGGCCAUGACGCUCGAAGAGAUGAAGCCGUGUAUCAGGCAGUUACUAAUCUGCUUAGACUUUCUGCAUUCUGCGGCUCAAAUAGUCCAUACAGAUCUCCAGUUGAAAAAUAUGCUGCUUCCUAUCACCGAUACCAAGACACUGGCAACCCUCGAAGAACGAGAAGUGAAAUCUCCGUCGCCUCGGAAGGUGCUCCAAGACCGAACCAUCUACUUAUCUACCAUUUAUAACGCGGGUGGGGAUGGGCUCCCUCUUUUGUGUGACUUUGGCGAAGCCCGGUUUGGCGAUGUGGAAAACAACGCGGAUAUCAUGCCAACCAUGUAUCGAGCUCCCGAGGUCGUCUUCAAAGAGAGCUGGGGCUACAAGGUAGAUAUUUGGAAUGUUGCUAUGGUGGCCUGGGACAUUGUAAGCUCCCGCCACAUCUUCAACGGCAAGAACUCCGAUGGUAUCUUCGAUGAUCGCGUUCACGUGGCGGAGAUGAUAGCGCUCUUGGGUCCUCCACCGCCUGAAUUCCGCGAGCGGUGCAAACUGGCCUAUGUUUUCUGGGACGAACAGGGUAACUGGAAAGAGUUGGCCCCAAUCCCAGAUAUUUCCCUGGAGAGCCUGGGUGCCGACAUCAAGGGAAAGGAUAAAGAGGGGUUCUUCCGAUGGCUUCGAGCAGCCUUGCAGUGGAAUGCUGAGGACCGGCCAUCGGCCACGGAUCUCUUGUUCGAUGAGUGGCUGAUGGAGGGCCUCGGCAUAAAGAGCACGGGGGAAAAUGCCAAGGAUGGAUAGCAUAUUGCCUAUCAUACAAUGAUAGAUGUUCAUAGUGCUUUGAUGGGGGACAGAUCCCUCUCAAAGAUUUGUAACACUAGAUACAGGGAUCCGGAAUAUAAUCGCUUCUCACUAUCAUCGCUCUGAAGCUGGCCUUUCAACAUCUCCACCCACCAACAUCAGCACUAAUACUCCACACUCCCCAAAUCCUCCGCAUGGCUCUUCUCCCAGGGGUAUUUCUGCUCCAGCGACCGGAUAAGCUCCAAAUGCGCUGUGCUCCGCGGCCGAAUGGACACAUUGAAUGGGGCCGGGUGACUGAUGACUCCCGGGAGAAACUCGGCAGAUACCUCCUUGACUUUACCAUUCUCCACAGGCUUCGAAAUAUCAAAGACAGCGAGCGAUUGCGCAAUAGUGAGGAAAACGUUCACGUCGGCUAGAUUGCGCCC